AUGCAAUUCCUGUUACCUGUUUUACUCUCAAUCUUUAUUGCUCUUUCCAAUGCUUCCCUUCUUCCUCAACAAGUUGUGUUGAAGUGCUCCCCCUCGGAUGACGACAACUCAUUGCUGUCAACCAAUCGUGGCUUGGACACAGAAGGCAGAGACUCCAUGAAAGUCUCUAGAACUGGUAAGGAUGUCCAACUGGUUUCAUUUUUGGACAGAUACUUUGGUGAAUCAUUCCUUGACAUGAACUCUGUCAUGACUACCACCUCGACUUUCAACUCCGGGAAGAAGGCUCCACUCCCCUUACCUGACCAUCUCUCGUCGCUCAUGAUCAAUGACGACUACGAGUACCCAGACAAAGAUGAUCUUCGUGACAUCAACGGGACCAGCACCUUGUACCGUGGUGGAGAGUUUGGAGGUAUCAACACUUUUGCCCACGUUCCCUAUGCCAAUUGUUACAACCCAGACUUUUUCGACUCGGAAGAAUUCGAUAUUGCCAUCGUGGGUGCUCCAUUUGAUUCAGGGGUCUCAUACCGUCCAGGGGCCAGAUUUGGACCCAGUGGGAUCCGUAUGGGGUCUCGUCGUUUGGCCCCUGCUUAUUCAGUUUACCGGGAUGGCUUUGACCCUUACUCCAAUUGGGCCAAGAUCGUUGAUUGUGGUGACCCACCGGUGACUCCAUUGGACAAUAGAAUUGCUCUUGACCAGAUUUAUCGUGCCAACCGUGCCAUUGGUAAGCAUAAGACCACCAAGCACAACAAAAGCAAGCACCCAAAGAUUUUCACCUUGGGUGGUGAUCACACAAUCACCUUGCCUGCCAUCAAGGCUGCGUAUGAGAAUUGGGGGCCAAUCACCGUCAUCCACUUUGAUUCGCACUUGGACACCUGGAACCCUUACUACUUUGGUGGGAAUGUCACAGAAUACCAGUCUGUUAACCACGGUACCUAUUUGCACUGGGCCCAUGAAAAGGGUCUCUUGACCAAUAGCUCUAUCCAUGCUGCCAUUAGAGGUCCUUACCCCGGUCGCAGAGACGUGGAACAUGACAUUGCUUGUGGAUUCGAUAGAGUUCUUGCCCGGGACAUUGACAAGAUCGGAACCAAGGGAGUCAUUGAAAAGAUUAGAAACCGUGUUGGCAAUGGAGCCAUCUAUAUCACCGUUGACGUUGACUCCAUGGACCCAGCCAACACUCCAGCUUCUGGUACCGUUGAACCUGGUGGAUGGACUUCCAGAGAACUUUUAACCAUUUUGGACGGGUUGGAAGGAUUGAAUGUCGUUGGUGGGGAUGUUGUUGAAGUAGCACCUCCCUUCGACACAGUUGCCGAGUUGACUUCCAUCACUGCUGCACAAGUGGCAGACUCCAUCAUCUCCUUGAUGAUUUUGAAAGACGACGAAGAGGACAAGAAGAGAGAGAUUGAAGAAAAAUGA